GAGGGUUUGCGAUGCCAGUGGAUGAGCAAGGGGAAACAGUCACAUCCGAUCAGACAGGCUGGUACGAUCGUGAUCUCGAAGACUUCAUACCCAAGCCCCUGGCAAAGAGCGUGGGCAAAGGUCAGAAGAAGAAAGGUGGAAAAGGUGGCAUUAAUAAAAGACCUUCUGAUUUGGACCUCAGUGGGCUUAUAUCCAAACUUCAAGAAUCAGAGUCCUUCAAGGCUAUCGGGGGGGACCAGGAUGCAGAAUCCCUGGAGGCAUUGAAGAACGUCAGGGGCUACGGGAAGAUGCUCAAAGCCCAAGGUAACCACCCCGAAGAUAAGCAGGGCUACCGUAAGGGCCCACCCGAGGCCACCAGGUUGGACGCCGCCAGAG